UGCCCUUCUUUCCAGAUCUUCUGCGCUCCCCACUUCACAUUCUCCCAUCCAUCCAUCAUGAGGACGUCAACCUUGGUGGCCGCAACUGCCGGCACAAUCGUCACCGGCCUUCUGGGUAAGGACCAACCAGGCCAUCCACGGAACCAGAUCCCGAGGAUCUCCAUGCUGAUAUGCUGAUCGCCUUUCGUGCUCUACGUAGCCUACGCCGUCUACUUUGAUCACAAGAGACAGACAGACCCCGAGUUCCGCAAAGCUCUCAAGCGGAACAACCGCCGGAUGGAAAGGGCUGUCAAGGAGGAGGCCGAGGCCCAGGGUGCCAUGCAGCGCGAGGUCAUCAAGAAGGUCGUGCAGCAGGCCAAGGACGAAGGCUUCCCCACGGAUCUGGAGGAUAAGGAGUCCUACUUCAUGAGCCAGGUCGCUCAGGGAGAGGCUCUCACUGGCGAAGACCCGAUUGAAGCUGCUCUGUGCUUCUACAAGGCCCUGAAGGUCUACCCCCAGCCCAAGGACCUGAUCUCGAUCUACGACAAGACGGUGCCCAAGGAAGUGCUGGAGAUCCUGGCCGAGAUGGUCGCCCUGGACGCCGGCUUGAAGCUGGGCACAUUCACCGGCGAGGGUGCUCCCGCCGAGAGCCAUGGUGUCGAGUAAAUUCCACCAUGACCUUCGACCCCGGCCCAACUCUCCCUCCUGCUUCGUUCACCCACCCGUACCCUCCGGCAUCAGAACCCUGGCCUGGAACGUGUGUCUCUUAUAAUAUCCGGUUCACGCUGGGCCGUGGCCUGGUCCUCUGUCAAGGCGGACUGGUGUGAAAUCUCCGUCCACGCUCUUGUCACGCCCAUCCCCUCUCCGCUACUCGUGU